UAAUAUCAAAAGAGAAUGUGGAGCAGGCUGAUAUUAGGACUAAUAGCGGGAACACUCGUCCUUGUGGCGCACAUCCAGGGACAAAGGACAAAGCACGUUGUUUGCUACCAGGGUACUUGGUCCGUUUAUCGUCCUGGAUCAGGUAAAUUCGGCGUGGAGGACAUUGAUCCUUUUCUUUGCACGCACCUGGUCUAUGCCUUCUUGGGUAUUCAUGAGAAUGGGUCACUCCGAGUUAUUGAUCCCUAUUUGGACUUGGAGGACAAUGGCGGACGGGGGAACUUGCAAAAAUUUAACGCCCUUAAAUUGAAGAAUCCCACAUUAAAGACUCUAGUGGCAGUGGGCGGUUGGAACGAGGGAUCGAAAAAGUUCUCUUUGCUGGCCAGCGACCCGGAGAAGCGUUCGAGAUUUAUUGACGACGUGGUCAAGUUUUUGCAGCGUCAUGGAUUUGAUGGGCUAGACUUGGACUGGGAGUAUCCGGGACAGCGACACAGCUUGGAAAAUCUAAAUGACCGUCAGAAUUUUGUGACGCUAUUAAAAGAGCUGAAGGAGGGACUUCAACCAUUUAGCUAUCUGCUCUCAGCUGCGGUAGGCUCUGCUCAGUUUUCAGCAGAAAUCUCCUACAACAUACCGGAGGUGGUACCCUAUUUAGAUCUGAUUAACAUUAUGGCUUACGACUUGCAUGGCCCUUGGGAUGCUGUCCUUGGGAUUAAUGCUCCGCUUUCUCCCAAAUCUAACGACAGCUUGCCACGGGAGCAGGAGCUCAAUGUAGAUGCCAUUGUGAAGUACUGGCUGAAAGCCGGUGCUCCGCCUGAGAAACUCAUACUUGGUGUACCCUUUUACGGCCGCACUUUCACCCUACUCUCACCGGAGCAGCAUGAACCGGGCUCUCCCCACAUAGGGCGUGGCAUUGCAGGUCCUUAUUCCAGGGAACCAGGGGUCCUUGGCUAUAAUGAACUUUGCGAACAGUUGAGCGAGUGGAAUCAACAGUGGCAGGCGGACCAACAAGUGCCCUACGCAUACAAAGGGCGUCAAUGGGUGGGCUAUGAGAACCGUCGUAGUCUUUCACUUAAAGCGGAAUAUGCAAAGAAUCAGCAACUUGGCGGGAUUAUGAUCUGGUCAUUGGAAUCGGAUGAUUUCCAAGGAAAAUGUGGCGAAGGACGAAAUCCACUACUUCGUGCAAUCAAUCAGGUUCUCUUUGGCCAGAAUACGCCAACGGGACUGCACGAAGAAGAAGACGACGCCACAGUCACCGCACAUAGCUUCGAGUGUCCCGAUCAUACUUCGAUGGGUUAUAUGCGCGAUCCACUUAAUUGUUCCCGCUUCUACUAUUGUAAUGCUGGCAUCAGCUUCAGUUUCGAUUGUCCUGAAGGACUCCAUUUUGAUUCUAUCACUAGCAACUGUAACUAUGCCGAAACAGUUAACUGCUAAGCAGCUUAUGAAGGGAGAAUCACUACUUCUGAAAGGAAUGUAUCUAUAAGAACUUUACUCUUGAAUAUUAUAAUAUUUAUCUUAAUUUCAACAUUGUUUUGAAUAGAGAAUUCAUUCUUGAAUGUAUUUUAAGAAAUGAGUGAAAGUACUUAACCCAUAGAGAAUAGAUAUUCCAAUUUCAAAUAUAUUUUCCCUUUUUGGCUGUAGUGUACCCUAA